UUCGGUACCGAUCCCGUCGGCGCCACGAUCCGAGAGGGGAGGCUUUGGGCUUCACGUGCUUGUGUCGCUUCGGCGUCAUAUCUUCGAGCCAUGAACUUUUUUUCCACAAAAAUCCGCCCAAACCGACGAGAGCCGUGAUGUAUUUUGCAGAAUUCAGGUAAAAUUAACCCAAACCGACGAAACCGAGCCGGACGACACCGAAUGCACAUGAAAGCCCAAUCAACCUUUCAGAGGACACGAUGAGUUUGAUUGAUGCAAAUCGUCGUUUUCGUUUUUAAUAAGCCGAAAUAGUUGACGAACUAACACAGUCCGGCCACAGAGUCCGCGUGACGUUUCUCCGAUUAUUUAUUGUUAAACCUUCUAUAAAUUAAAUGUGCGCGAAUCAAAGUGGCUCCCGUAUUGUGGAUCAUAUUCACACAUUUCAAGAGGUGUUGGUGUUAUUUGUGUGCUUUAUAUCUGAACGAUUUAAACCUUAUAAUACAUAAACGAGCUGCUCCAACACUCAGUGCUCAGAGAGAAUUGCUUGGCUGUUAGGAAAGUUGCCAGCAACCCAAACACCAGCUUCACCGACCAGAACCCAUCGGUACCGUGCUCAGGUCAAGUAGUUCAAGCCAGCAUGGAUUGAUGUCAGGCCGGCGUUAUUGAUCUCACCCAGCACAAAAUGCAGAUGCUGUAGAAGUUACACCCGCAUGCUGCUACUGUAAAUCACUACAUUAUGCAGCUGGACCCAGAGCAGACUGGUUUUAUAGCAGUGGAAAAUUUCACCAGUCUAGCUGAGCAUCAUGAGAUACAGCUGGACCCCAGUAAACUGGAGAUGCUGCUCGCCCUGGUACAGAGCAAUGAACACGGACACGUCUGCUACCAGGAACUUAUCGAACUGUUGAGCAGUAAACGUUCCAGUAGUUUUCGCCGAGCCAUCGCAAAUGGGCGGCGCACGCUGCAGCGAGAGAUCCUAUUGGACGAGACGGGGCUGGGCGUGUACAAGCGCUUUGUGCGCUACGUGGCUUAUGAGAUUCUGCCAUGCGAGACGGACCGGCGAUGGUACUUUCAUCAGAACCGACUGUGUCCUCCACCUGUGUUCAUGGCCAUCAUCACUAUCAUACAGAUUAUUGUGUUCAUGUGUUAUGGCGUGAUGUUAAAUAAAUGGGUGUUGCAAACAUACCAGCCGGAUUUCAUGAAGAGCCCACUGGUGUAUCACCCCGGUCACCGGGCGCAGAUCUGGAGGUUCUUCAGCUAUAUGUUCAUGCACGUUGGGUUGGAGCAGUUGGGUUUCAAUGCUCUUCUACAGCUGAUGAUUGGAGUUCCUCUAGAGAUGGUUCAUGGUAUCUUGAGGAUCAGUCUGUUGUACAUGGCAGGAGUCGUCGCUGGUUCAUUGACGGUGUCCAUCACGGAUAUGCGGGCUCCGGUGGUGGGCGGGUCCGGAGGGGUCUACGCGCUCUGUUCGGCACAUCUCGCUAACGUUGUCAUGAACUGGGCAGGCAUGAAGUGUCCAUACAAGCUGCUCCGGAUGAUUCUUGCACUGGUUUGCAUGAGUUCAGAAGUGGGCCGUGCCGUAUGGUUACGUUUCUCACCGCCCCUCCCCUCCUCCGGACCUCAGCCCAGUUUCAUGGCUCAUCUGUCCGGCGCCGUGGUGGGAAUCAGCAUGGGUCUGCUCAUCCUGCGCAGCUACGAGGAAUCCCUGCAUAAACAGUGUUCCUGGUGGGUUCUCAUCCUCUCCUUCAUCACCUUCCUCCUUUUCGCCAUCUUUUGGAACAUUUUCGCUUACGAGCUGCUCGGGGUACAAAUCCCGCCCCCUCCCUGAUGACACGCCCCGUGGCUGUGAAAAGCCACGCCCCCAGACCUCCGAUAACAGUCUGGUACAUGUUCGAGCUCAGUCCACUCCGCUCGAUCAGCAGCGGAAGAACGGAGGAACGUUGCGAAGCAUAUUCACAUUCCAUACAGACACAGUGAACAUAUAUGGUGUGGUAUUUUUUAUGAACACUCCAAGGCAGCUGAAGGGUCUCGUGAGCUUAUUCGAAUGGACUGUCAGUGUAUCAUAUAACAAACACACACACAAAACAUUAAAUUAGUUUUCUUCUCUGCGUGUGAAUUCAGCCCGAGGCUUGUUCACGACGCCUUUCUAUAUUGUUUUGAUGUGACAGCCUCAUCUAAGCCUGUUACGCGCUACAGAUACGAUCAGUAAUAGAUGAAAUAUCUUCAGUCGAACUGAGAAAAGCAAAACCUUACGCCCAUAGAGGUAUGCGAGGUUGAUGAUGUUAUUUUGUAGUGUUUGUUGAUGAUCACAUAAACGGCGUCUAUUCAGUUUAACAACAAAGUAGAAAAUUAUACGAUACAAAAUUAUCUUCUAGAUCACGGUCUGAUAUUGAAACCGUUUUCUGUGAUGCUACAGCCGAGAGGACAGAAACAUGAAAGUUAAUGAUCUGUACGACGGCUGUUCUGCCAAAAUAAACAUCAGCAAGUCUGUUUAGUUAAAAUGCGAUAAAUUAAGUGAAAAAUCGUUCAGUUACGCUGUCUAAGAACAAAGUCCCUUUAGGGAAGUCGCGCCACUAAGCGGCCAUAUUUGCAACGCCUCCGUGCAGUUUUAUCAGUCAUGCAAGACUAAAGUCCUGUCUACUUGAAUGGAGAAAGACAGAUAUCUCUAAAAUCGCAAUUAAACGACAUAUUUCUAACCAACAAUUAAGCCAUUUGCUUCUUAGCUCAAAUUGCGCUAAAACACUUUUUACAAGGUCGUUUCAGCGCCUCACGACUACAGAGAAUACUCCUCCCCCAGAGAAUCAUCAGUCUUUAUCGAUUGAUGAUUGGUUAAUUUAACUGGAAGGCGGGGCUUUUUGAGCGUUGCAUUGUCCCCUAUUCAUAAUAAAAGCAGUGCUCAAUCUUGUUAUAUCCAAUAUCUUUGCUUAGAAGGAAGCUGACAGUGACUGGGUUUCCAUCGAAACAUUGAGCAAAUCUUUUUAAAAUGCGCAAAAAACAAGAAAACAGACAAAUGCGAAUUAGGUGCGUUUCCAUCAAGUUGUUCGAGCGAAUUAUGGUGGUAUUGGUAACCAACAGUAAAUAAAACCAGACACGCUUAGAAAAUGGAGACAAGGCUGUGUUUAGUUACGUUAUACAUUUACUAGCAGUGUAGCUUGUAAUUGCCAAACUGAAUGAUGUGCACAGAAAAAGGAAUCCAGAAUUUUUGAUGCAGGCACUAGCAGCAAGGGCAUUGCGACGUCAUCAAGCACCAUAUAUGGUAAAGACAACUUCGACGGAAACAGCUAGACGAUCAGUCACGUGGGUUUAAUGUUCGCUACGUCAGAAUUUUCUCGGCAAAUGCGUUUCCAUCUCCCAUUAUUCGCAUUUACUCUAUAUCGCAUAAAUCAAAAACCGCCUCAAGCAAGCGUAAAAAAAUUUUAUUCAAAAUUUGACGUUUUUUAUGCGAUACUUCAAAUAAGUGUGAUGGAAAUCCCCCAAGUGUUGGUAUGGUCUCUUAUCAAGACAUUACAUAUACAUUUAUGCAUUCGGCAGACGCUUUUAUCCAAAGCGAUCUCCAGUGCAUUGCAAGGUAUAUAUAUUAGCAGUAUGUGCGUUCUCUGAAUCGAACCCACAACUUUUGCGCCGCUAACGCAAAUCUCUACUACUGAUCUAAACUAAUCGUAUUAAAUUCUGCUUGACUGUAUUUUAGACCAUUGGAGCGAGUAAUAAUGGUUAGGACUAAGAAUAUUUACCUCACAUAAAGUCAAGAUAAACCAUCAAUUAUUGAUAAGCGUGCAAAACUUUGGAUAAGGAAGCGAUGGGGUAUUUUAUGAAAUCCCAUUAACUCUUACACAAAGCAAAUAAUUACACAAUUCUGUAGUGCCAAAAUAUCAUCCGCUAAGCUGCUAAAAUAAAUUAAACCGAUUUUGCCGAAGGAAGCAUUUAUAUAAGAUUACUAUCUUAUCGCUUUGAGUUUCUUUUCAUUUUCGAAAAGCACGACCGUGUGUUUGGUUGAUGUCUCUGAUGUUGUGUAUUUUUUAAUGCCAUAGAUCUAUAUUUAUAUUUAUUCAGAGUGGUUGUCCUUGUGGGAUCGUGGCGUUUGUAAAGCUUUUCUCAAACCAAAUCGCCCUUGAAAACAGAAAGUGCGAACAGAUAAAACUAAUG